AUGGGCGAGCUAUCUGAUUAUUUGGUCGAGCACGAUCCCAACUUCCGCAAAACUCGACUCCCUGCGCUGUAUUCCGACUUUCGGUCACAAAGGACUCUAAAUCCAGAUGGCUACCACGCGAACAUCUCAGCCUGGCUACUUGCUCUCGCGAGAUUAGCCUCUGAAGGGCUAUUAUCUCGCCAGGGUUCCAAGUCCAGCACCCUGGUUUUCGAUAUCGACGAAUCACUACGACGGUCGCUGAGUAGCAAGCAAUUUGGCCAGCCAUUGGCGCUCGGCACUGUCAUCAAUGAAGCGCUGGUACAAAGGGAUCUAAUUCCCCUACAGACUUUCCUGCAGUCAACCCAGAAUAUAUAUCAACAGCAACAGAGCUGGUCACAGGUGCCAUGGAAUGUCGUGGGAUGGGCGCUGCGGCAGAUAGGAGUCAUCGACCCGAUCCGAGGGGAAGAUAAGAUACCCAAGGGCAAUUACGUUGUCAUGAAAAAUGUAGAAGCAACCAGCCGGGAGCUGGGAGCUACGAUUGCCGAAAGAACAUCACGAUAUGACCGAGUCUUUACGCGGGCUCAGUUCCAGACACUGUUCGAGUCAGUGCUGGCUAAGGAUCAGCGACUGUCCGAGACAGAUUUUGAUGUGCUGUUAAAAUUUCUAUCUCGAGAUAAAGAAAUGAUUGAAUACAAUGGAAAUACGGUUCGCAUCCGGGGGGUUGGUGAAGAAAGAGGGAUCACCGAGGAAGAUGCGUCCAUCGCGUCUAUAAAAGAGCUGAUGGACAGCCUAGAACAUCAGGUCGAUCUACUUGACAAGCGAGUAGAGGAACUAGAUCAAGAGGCAAAGAACGCGGUUCUACGCAAGAAUCGCGUAACAGCUUUAGCUGCGCUCAAGUCGAAAAAACGAGCCGAAUCCUCUUUAUCAACACGAUAUGCUACUCUCAGCCAGCUCGAGGAGGUGGCUUCAAGGCUACAGCAGGCUUCCGACCAGGUGCAGUUGGUCAAGGUUAUGGAAUCAUCGGCCAGUGCGCUACAGAGCCUCAACGCCCAAAUCGGCAGCUCCGAAAAGGUUGGGACCACAAUGGAUCAUCUUAGAGAGCAAAUGAGCGCGACAGAUGAACUAACUGCCAUCUUGUCUGAGCCCACUGGCGACGUUGUGGAUGAAGCGGAGAUUGAUGAUGAGCUGAAGGCCCUGGAGAUGGAGCAGAAGAAGGAAGAGGAAGAGAAGCAGCGCCGCAAGGAGGAAGCUAGGGAAGCUGCUCGAGCCAAGAAGGAGCUCGAUGAGCUGCCAUCCGUACCAACGGAAGAUGCAGAGAGAAUAGGGGCUCAAUCACCAACAAGGGCGACGGGUAUUGCGAAUCUGUCACUCGGUAGUUAG